GGUCACUACACCCGCGCCCAAGCCAACAGCCCAGACCAGUCAUGAACUCCUCAGGCGGGGCGGUGAAGCAGGGGUCAGGGGUCACCACCCAGCAGCAGCAGGGUCAAGGUCAGGGCGGGUCCCAGAGCCAGCAGGCCCAGCGCAGCACUCCCUUGCAGGAACAGCCGCUGCAGCGACACCGGCCCUCGCCUCUCAGGAGGAAGGGAUCUGACAGCAACUUGUUUAAAAGUACGAGCAGCAAGCAGGUGGCUGUGAACAAGCGGAGGAAAGCGGAGGAGGAAGAGGAGAAGGAAUCAGGUUUGAAAAGACUGAGAAGCGAGACUAUAGUGAGGUCUGACUUCUCUGAGAGCAGUGACUCUGAGACGUCUACCAAGAGAACCAGGACGGCAGACUCCUCCRCUUCCUCAGAGCAGAACUCAGAGGAGGAGKUAAAAGGAAAGACCGUCCAGGAGGGGCACAAGAGCCAGAGUUGUAAGACUGGGAAGGAGUCUGCUCUGACAGGAAGUCUCUCCCCCUGGGGUGAGGAGCUUCAGAAGGCGGCCGACAGGGAGCAGAGGUCAUCCCUGCGACAACCUCAGCAACAGGGGGAACGGUCUCCACUGCAACAGCGCCAGGCCCCGCCCUCCCCUGUCCUCCUCCCAGGGCUCUGCCCCUCUGAGGGCCAAGGGGAGAGCAUCAUGGAGAACAACAGCACUAUGAAAGCCCUCUGCCAGACACAUCCUCAGUCCAAGGACCAGUACUCCAGCUCUGAGGUGGUCUCCCAGACCCAUCCUCAGUCCAAGGACCAGUACUCCAGCUCUGAGGGUCUCCCAGACCCAUCCUCAGUCCAAGGACCAGUAACUCCAGCUCUGAGGGGUCUCCCAGACCCAUCCUCAGUCCAAGGACCAAGCCCCUCGGAGUGUGACCUUAGGAACCGGACUCCCUCAGUGUCAGAGUGUGACCUUAAGAACCGGACUCCCUCAGUGCAGAGUGUGACCUUAGAACCAUCCUCCUCAGUGUCAGAGUGUGACCUUAGGAACCAGACUCCCUCAGUGAACCGGCCUCCCUCAGUGUCAGAGUGGACCUUAGAACCAGCCUCAGUGUCAGAGUGUGACCUUAGGAACCAGCCUCCCUCAGUGUGUAGGAAGCCAGAGGUAAAGCAGCACAUAGUUGGCAGCCUGGGCAGUAAGAUGGAGUUAGUCCAUUCAGUGGUGAUCAGACCUAUAGCAUCAGUCAGUGAGUCUGCUGCUGUAGUAGAGAGAGAGAAGCAGCUAUAUUCCUCCAUGUUGCCCUGCUUUAAGAACGCCUCAUUGGCUGACGAGGCCAGGAAGUCGUACAAGCUAAGCCCCUCCCCUGAUGUCCCCAAGCCCCUCCCCUCCCCAGAGGCCCUGAAGCCUAAGGCCCUCUGCUCCCCUGACAUCAUCAAGUCUAAAACACAGAGUUUUCUGGAGACUGGGUCUAAACCCAAACCCCUCACCUCCCCAGAGGUGUCCAAGCAUAAAGGCCGUUACCCGGACAACCCCCCUCGCUCCAGCUUUAAGCCCGUCCUGGCCCGAGGGACUGAGUCGCCAGGGUCUUGCACUAAGAGCCCGCUAAUCAUCGAUAAGAAUGAGCAUUUCACKGUGUACCGGGACCCUGCGCUUGUCCGUCCCAACCAGGAGUCCAACCGCGUGUCCUAUCUGCACCCCCAGCUCCACCCCCUCCACGCCUCCUCRCACGCCUCCUGCCUCACCCCCUCUUCCACCCACCACCACACCUCCCACCUCCUGCCCUCCUCCCACCACCACCUCCUCUCCGGGGUGCUCUCUGGCCUGCCUCCAGGCCCCCUGCUGGGGGGUCAUCCCCGACUAGACUCCUCAGGGCUGGGGCACCUGGGACUAGCCCAUCACCACCCUGUCUCUCAGCCCCAGACACACAGCCACACGUCAGCCUCAUACAACCAGCUGGGUCUGUACCCAAUCAUCUGGCAGUACCCCAAUAAGACCCGCUCCUAUCCCCCAGGACUCAACCUGCCCGGGUCCAAGUGGGUGCACCCCGAAAACACUGUCAACUCUGAGACCAACAUGAGGAGGAACACGCCCAGUCCUUUGGACCUACCACCCACCCGCGCUCCCUGUCCCUCCUCUGACAAGCCUGACCACUUAGCCACGUCCCGGUUCCCGCUCCACCACCAGCGCCGAACCCUCCCGCCGACCCCCAUCCCAACCAGCUUUGGAGGAAUACGCAGAUUUAAAGAGGAGGAUUUGAAGGGUUUUGUGGACCCCAUCAGAACCAUCACUCUGGCCCACCUGAAGCAGGAGCAGGACUGCAGCAGCACUCCGACCGGGAAAGACAGUCACCUGCACCAACUCUACCUGGAGGCCCAUAAUAAACAACUGCAGCAGAGGAUGGUCCAGCAGCAGCAGGAAGCAGGGCAGAGGGACCGGGCCAGUAAGUAUAAGGAGGAGAACAGACGGAUCCUCCAGGAGAGCAUCGAGGUGGCCCCCUUCACCGCUAAGAUCCGGUCCAGUGAUACCGACAGGGAGCCUAAUCCCUAUCCCCGGAUCCCCUCGCUCCCCCACCCCCAGCGUCUCCAUCAGGAGAAGGAAACGGAGCACCCUGCAGCAGACCUGUAUCAGUUUAAACAGCAGGCCGCGUCCCAGCACAGUCUCCCCCCGAGUAACUACUUCACUACCUUGUCCAACAGUGUGGUCAACGAGCCGCCUCGUCUCUACCCCUCUAAAGAGUUCAACUCCUACUUUGAGAAGGUGAACAGGGAGCAGGACUCAGCAGCAGUCUCUGGUCUCUCUCUGGGAGGAGGGGCAGCGUUCAGCUCCAAGUSCAAACCCCCUCCUCUCAUCAAACACCAGGCUGAUGGGGAGGGUCUGCUAGGGAAGAUAUCAGAGCAGCUGAACCAGCAGGUAAGCCUAUCCAACAUGCAGAGGUAUCGUCUCAGUACCAUAGUCAGCCCUGUUAGUCCAGACCUCUCCCCUUCCUCCAGUCAGAGCCAGACCCAGAGCCACUGUCAGACCCAGAGCCACUGUCAGACCCAGAGCCAGACCCAGAGCCACUGUCAGACCCAGAGCCAGACCCAGAGCCACUGUCAGACCCAGAGUCAGACCCAGAGCCAGACCCAGAGCCACUGUCAGACCCAGAGCCAGACCCUGGCCCAGCUAAGGUGUAUGCCAGCCCUGCACCGUGCCCCCGUGUUCCACCCUCCUAUCCAGCAGACGCUGGACAGGAAGGAGGCGGGCUGCGGCCGGUUGUCUCCUCCCACCCUGACCCCCAUCCAGCCAGUCAGCUCGGCCGGUAAGGUGUCUGAGCAGCAGAAACCGCCCACCCUUCUGCCCGAGCUACGGGAGGUCAGCGCCGRGUGUAAGGGCGGGGCAGCGAUGACCUCAUCCGAGAUGUGGCGAGCCGGCGACCCUCAGGGCCACGACAAGCCGGGAUGGCAUUCUGAGAGGAGCCCCGGCAGGAAGCUUGGGGCCACCACGGCGUCUGUUAUCGUCCGUCCCUCUACGUGUAUAACGUACGAAGGCUCGCCAGGCGCCAAGACCUCGGCCAAGGACUCUCUGACGGGGAGGAUGUUCCCGGGGAGCAGGCCUCAGACAGUCUGUCUGAAACUGGCCUAUGAGAGAGACAGGGAGUCUGGAGGGAAGGUGAUCCUGCCAAACACUAACUUGGAMGAGGCUGCUUGCCUGCAGCAGUACAAUAACAACUUUAUGAGAGUGUCCCAGUCUCAGGGAACCUUUCCAGUCUCUGUCUCGGCUGCUGCCAACUCUGUGUGCAAUAGGAGUAGUGAUGGGACUAGGGCAGUCUCCAACAUGCCUCCCUACGGUGUGCUGAGUAGAAGACAAGAGAGAACCUACUGUGGGSCCAACACCUCCAGCGCUAGCAGGACAGAGAGCUCUGGCCCUCAGGGCAGGGCCUUCCACUCAGGGCCUGGGUUAGGGCCAAGGGCUGAGCUCCAGCAACAGGAGGGGGGCUCCUCCAAGACCUCAUCCCCCAACCUGCACCCUGGGCCCAGCCUGGCCAGCAGCACCCAGGSCUCUCCCAACCCCAGCCAGUCCUACUAUGGGAGCUUUGUCCAUCUGAAGAAGCACAAGGCAGCGUUGGCAGCAGCCCAGCAGUCCAGAGGUCCUAGCAGCUCCAGCAGUCCAGAGGCCCUAGCAGCAGCAGCCCAGCAGUCCAGAGGUCCUAGCAGCUCCAGCAGUCCAGAGGCCCUAGCAGCAGCAGCCCAGCAGUCCAGAGGUCCUAGCAGCAGCUCCAGUGGUAGUGGUCCUGAGAGCCUGAUUGAGCCAUCUAACAGUAGAGCUCUUCACAUCUCCCCUCCACCUCCCCUUGCCUCGGCCUCCGCCCAGGACCACAGAACCACAGCAAGCCCAGGACCACAUCAAGCAGGAGCUAGCCCUGGCCCCCUCCCCAAUGGCCAGCCAGCCCAGAUGAACCAGAGCCAAUCUCAACCCAACUACCACAAGCUGAAGAAGGCCUGGCUCACCAGACACUCAGAGGAGGACAGGAACAUAAACACUAUGCACCACUGUGAGCCCUCUGUGUCUGAGAUGGAGAUGAUCAAGCCUUGCACCGUCACUCUGAUUGCCUCUACCUCCAGUGAUGUAGAGAUGAAGAUAGAAGAGGUCAAAGGUCAGGAGGACAAGAUGGCCGCCGAGGACAGGAAUACGCCUGGCAGCAAGAGGGUGUACGACCACGACUCGGCCUCAGAGAGCGGAGAGGACUCUGACGCCAGCGAGAGCAGCAAGCAGACUAAGAGGCAGCCCAAACCCACCUACAAGAAACAGAACGACAUGCGGAGGAGGAAAGGAGAGGAGAGCGAGAUGAGGAGCUGAAACACAACGGGAUCUGCGAGCGCCAAGGAGAAGACCAAGCUGAAACUGUCCAGCAACAAUGGAUUCCCCCGCUCUGUGCUGAAGGACUGGAGGAAGGUGAAGAAAGUUGAAGCAGACGGGGAUCGUUUCCUGCAGGAUGACUCGUGCGCUCCGAGAUUGGACCACACCUGCAGAACAGUUUGUCGAGAGUGUCGUGUUGUCCGCAGCAAGAAGGGGCAGCCAGCUCAUUCCCUGUCUUCUUGCCGCUUCUACUACUUAUUCCGCCGGUGA